UGCAAAUUCUCCCCUGGAAACUGCUGAAACUUUCUACAUCAGCUAAGUUUCUCCAACGUCAGCCGGAGGCGCUUGCGAUCCUAUAUAUCUCCCUCUCCCCCCCCCCAAGCCCGCAUGGCCCCCGCGCCCUCCUCGUGUCGCUUGCGGGCGUCAGUGGGAGUGAAGGUGCCGGCAGCUGCGGACGCCCUGCCCUGCCGCCCCUCCUCAGCCCUAUCAGCGCCUCACACUUUCUCCUUCGAGCUGCUCCCCACCGCCAUCGACCCGGCGUCUGCUGUGGCGGCCAGCCCCUUGGCGUCCAUCUCAGCCGCCCUCGUGCGAGGCAGUGCAGGCGCAGGGGGCCACGAGUCAGCCGACGCUCUCAGCGCCUGUGAGGGCGGCCACGGGCUGCUCUUCGCGCGCAUCCAACCGCCGCGCCCGUCCGCGCCCAGGCCCAGCACAGCGGCCCUAAAGAAAGUGGAGUACUACUCGGUGCGCAAAGUGCAGGCGGAUGGGCGCUGCAUGUUCCGCGCGCUGGUGUCGGGCAUGGCGGCCAACAAGAGCAUGGCGCUGUCGCCCUCCGAUGAGACCCGCGAGGCAGACGAGCUGCGCAUGGCGGUGGCGGACGCGCUGUGCGGCAGUGAGAAGCGGCGCGCGGCGUAUGAGGAGGCGCUCAUCGCCAUCACGGUGGAGGAGUCGUUGAAGCGCUACUGCCAGCGCAUCACCCGGUCUGACUUUUGGGGAGGAGAAUCAGAGCUGCUGGUACUGUCGCGCAUGUGCUCGCAGCCCAUUAUAGUGUACAUUCCAGAGGCCAAGGCGCGGCAGGGGGCUCGGUGGGGCGGGGGCUUUCUGCCGAUAGCGGAGUAUGGGAGCGAGUACGGGCGGGGGGCCGCGGCGCACGGCAACAAGGCGCGCAAGCCAGUGCGGCUGCUGUACAACGGAGUCAACCACUACGACCUGCUCAUGUGAUUGUCGCCCGCUCUUGGCAAGUUCGUGCAGAACGAGGCAACCACUGAUUGCGGUCGCGCGGGAGUGCGGCGGCUGUGUUACACGGCCAUCGUUUCGUCGGGCCAGUUGAGACGAUGCUCCACGCCACACCUAGCAAGCAAGCGCUGGUGGGGGGCUGUAUUGUUAGAAUAACGCACUGAAGUAGAUUGUGCCAUACAGGGAGGCUUUGUGCUAUGGUGUUGUACCCUCUAUGAGCAUGCACCUAUCUAGCCUAUAACAUAUACUACUAUAUGUUGACACACUCCCUAGGCUAGACAAGGGGCGGUGCCUGGCAAAAGACACACAGCUCAGGGUGGCACUACUAGUCCAACCUCUGAGGCAAGGGUCACCAGACAGAAGAAUACAAACAAGACGAGCAAACCAGGGCGGCACUACUAGUCUGGCCACUGGAGCAAAAGCCACAAGGCU